GCGCGCCCCUUCCGGCGCGGGGAGGCAGCUGAGGAUCGGGCGCUGCUCGGGCGCAGCCGCCUCCAGCGCCGCGGGAUGUAGCGCCCGGGUCCGCGGUGUCCCCCCGCACAGGCAUCCCGCCCAGCCUGUUUGCCACCACAGGAAGAUCUCUGCCCCCUGGACCUGGGAGACCCCCACCCUUUUCCCAAGCUGAAGCUACAGGGUAUUGAGAUAUUAGCAAGAUGUCUUCCCACAAAGCAUCUGCGGUGGCACAGGGCAGCGGGGCUCCUGCCAGCAACAGGGAAACCGACACACUGGAGCUGGCAGAACUGGGACCCCUGCUGGAGGAGAAGGGCAAGCGAGGGACUGCCAACACCACCACCAAAGCUGAAGAAGAGCAAACCUGCCCAGUGCCCCAGGAAGAAGAGGAGGAGGUGCGCGUACUGACACUUCCCCUGCAGGCCCACCAUGCCAUGGAGAAGAUGGAGGAGUUUGUGUAUAAGGUCUGGGAGGGACGUUGGAGGGUCAUCCCAUAUGAUGUACUUCCUGACUGGCUGAAGGACAAUGACUACCUGCUACAUGGCCACAGACCACCUAUGCCCUCUUUCCGGGCUUGCUUCAAGAGCAUCUUUCGCAUUCACACAGAAACUGGCAAUAUCUGGACCCAUUUACUUGGUUUUGUGCUGUUUCUGUGUUUGGGAAUCUUGACCAUGCUCCGACCAAAUAUGUACUUCAUGGCUCCGCUGCAGGAGAAGGUGGUUUUUGGGAUGUUCUUUUUGGGUGCAGUGCUCUGCCUCAGCUUCUCAUGGCUCUUCCACACUGUCUACUGUCAUUCAGAGAAGGUUUCCCGGACUUUUUCCAAAUUGGACUAUUCAGGGAUUGCUCUACUCAUCAUGGGGAGCUUUGUCCCCUGGCUCUAUUAUUCCUUCUACUGCUCCCCACAGCCUCGGCUCAUCUACCUCACCAUCGUCUGUGUCUUAGGCAUUUCUGCCAUCAUUGUGGCACAGUGGGACCGGUUUGCCACUCCUAAGCACCGUCAGACAAGAGCAGGAGUGUUCCUGGGACUUGGCUUGAGUGGUGUUGUGCCUACCAUGCACUUCACCAUUGCAGAGGGCUUUGUCAAGGCCACCACUGUGGGCCAGAUGGGCUGGUUCUUCCUCAUGGCCGUGAUGUACAUCACCGGAGCUGGCCUUUAUGCUGCUCGCAUUCCUGAACGCUUCUUUCCUGGAAAAUUUGACAUAUGGUUCCAGUCUCAUCAGAUUUUCCAUGUCCUGGUGGUGGCAGCAGCUUUUAUUCACUUCUAUGGCGUCUCCAACCUUCAGGAAUUCCGUUAUGGCCUAGAAGGUGGCUGUACUGAUGACUCCCUGCUCUGAGCUUUCCCACCUGAGGGGUGGAGAAGGAACUUCCCAAGUGCUUUUAAAAAAUAACUUCUUUGCUGAAGCAAGAGGAAGAGUCUGGGUUGUUUGUUUCUAGAAGAAACCUCUUACGGAAUUCAAUACCAGUCAAGCUUCAGCUCACUUUCACAGCCACUGGGCAAUGAACUUUCCAUUUUCAUUCUCUGCCUGGGGAAGGUGUGAAUGGUCAACGCAGCCAUCCCCCUCCUCAGCCGUCACCUUCUCAACAAGGCAACUACUGGUCCUUCACAGACACACGACUUUGGAACUCACAUUGAAAUUUUCCCCCUCCAACCAUUUUGGGAAAAAAAUUAUGGCCUGCAACUCUUCAUAAACUAUAUUUGUUUGUUUAUCUUGAAGAAAAUAUCCCUUCCUUGCCCUUUUCCUUACUUUGUAACCUGGCUUAUAACAAGCCAUCAUUUUUGUAGCACACUUUUCAAAAACAAUUAUAACCUAGUCCCAUCUUUCUAGGGCCUAGACCUGCUUACACAGCAGGAAGAGUAAAUCCACCAACUUUUAUGUACCCCAGCUAAUCAUGGAAAUAUGUCCAGACUUCAGAUUACUUGAGUUUUGAUUUUUUUUUCUUAGCAGAAUAAUGUAAAAUUUAAAUGGGGAAAGAUAUUUAAUAUUUAAUACUAAGCUUUAAGAAGAAUCUUGCUAUUGUUGCUAUGUAUCUUGAUGCAGAGACUAUGAUGAUAAUAAAAGAAGUAAAGAAGACACUUGGCAUUUAAAGAUA